GCCCUUUGUCGUUCAAUUAUUUUACCUGUAGAAAACAAUUUACGUUCCGCAUUCAAUUGAUAUGACGUUAAGAAAGAAUCAACUAAUUUAGGUAACUAAACAUGCUAAAUAAUGCUGCAGUUAUAGAUUUUUUAAAGAAUGGUUUCACACGAAGGAAUUAAAUUAUAGAUAAACAACACAAAAAACCAACAAAUAAUUGGUGACAAGAAAUCAGUAGACCACGAAAUCCGAAAAUGAGUGACAGAAGUGACAGAUAUCUAUUAGUUGCAGCAUUAGAUUUUGGGACAACGUAUUCAGGAUAUGCAUAUGCCCUACGAGGAGAUUUUAAAACAGAACCAUUAAAAAUUCAAGCCAACCAAGCAUGGAAUUCUGGAUCCUCUCAGCAUUGGUCUCUAAAAACACCAACUUGUCUACUUCUUGACAAAAAUAAAGAGUUUAAGUCUUUUGGGUAUGAUGCUGAAAAUACAUACUCAGAUCUCGUUUUGGAUGAAGAACAAAGCAAUUACUACUUCUUUAACAGAUUUAAAAUGAAGCUGCAUAAGAACAAACACCUGUCUUCCGAACUGAUCCUUGAAGACGUGACAGGGAAAUCCGUAUCAGGAAUAAAUGUGUUUGCCUUAUCAAUUAAAGCUUUAGUUGAUCAUUUACUAGAAUUAUUAGAAAAAAGGGGGACAGGAAUGUCAAGGGACGAUGUGAGAUGGGUAUUGACAUUACCAGCAAUAUGGACAGACUCGGCCAAACAGUUUAUGAGAAAGGCCGCUAAUAAGGCUGGAAUUCCUGAUAAAAACCUUUUUAUUGCGUUAGAGCCCGAGGCUGCUUCUAUCUACUGCCAGUAUCUCCCAACCGAAAAACUGCAUGGAGCAGAGACAGGCUUUCACAUGUCAAGGGCUGGUACCAGAUAUAUGAUUGUUGAUCUUGGAGGUGGAACAGCAGACAUAACGUUGCAUGAAAAACUACCAGAUGGUCAAUUGAAAGAAAUUUGCCGAGCGGAUGGAAAUGACUGUGGUGGUACGUCAGUUGAUAAUGCCUUUUUUCAAUUAUUUGUAAAGAUUGUUGGGGCUCCGCUUAUGAAUAAUAUGAAACAAGAAGAACCGGGUGCCUACUUAGAUAUUUUCAGGGCAUUUGAAAAUGUCAAAAGAACCAUCGAUACCACAACUACAGGAAAGGUCAAUGUAACAUUCCCUUUUGCAACGUUUAAUUCACUUUGUCAAAAACACUUAUCCGAGAGUUUUGAUUCUGCGUUAGCAUCUUCUAAAUAUAAAGGAGAUAUUAUUCGCCGUGGUGACAAAAUAAGAUUUGAAGUAGAUUUAAUGAAAUCCCUGUUUGGUCCAACUAUCGAUGGCAUUAUCUCUCUUGUGCAGUCUGUACUGGAGAAAAGAGAAGCUCGCAAGACAUCGCUUAUCAUAAUGGUGGGUGGAUUUUCGGAAUGUCGCCUGAUACAAGCUGAACUGAAAAAACAGUUCCCUAAACAUAGAAUAAUCGUUCCAGAACAAGCUGAUUUGGCAGUUCUUAAAGGUGCAGUUUUGUUUGGUCAAAAUCCUUCAGCAAUUCAAUCAAGAGUGAUCAAAAUGACAUAUGGAGUGGCGAUGACUACUAUGUUUGAUCCAACAAAGCACGACGAGAAACAUAAAUCAGUUAUAGCCGGCGUCGAAAAAACACGAAACUUGUUUGAUGUUAUAAUGAAGGAAAAUUCAUCCGUUCCAGUUGGGACUAAAAUUACCAAAUCAUAUAGCACUACAAUGGAAAAGCAAAAUGAAAUAAAACUGUCUGUCUAUACAACAAAUAAUGCUAAUCCAAAAUAUGUAGACGAAAACGGCUGCUACCUUCUUGGAGAAAUUGUAAUGGCAAUUAAAGAUCCUUCCGACGAGAAAAGAUGGUUUGAAAUAGAAUUUGAGUUUGGUAAAACUGAAGUUAGUGCUGUAGCUAAGGAUAAAAAGUCUAGGCAACUCUGCAAAGCAACAUUUAACAUAAAAUAAAUUAAAUUUCUAACCAAUUAUGGGCCUUUUCAAGCACAUGCAAAUAUUUCCUACUGGACAACUAUAGUUUUCAAUGUUAUCGAGAUACAAAUCUAUUUCUAAAGAAUGUAAUCUAUGAGACAUAUUGUUCUUUGCCUAAUAUAAUGUACAUUACUUAUAAAGUUUUCAUAUGUGUGGUGGCAAUGUUAACUUAGACAAUAGUUAGUAUACUAGUAUUCAAUAAGAAGUACACAUUCACUGCAAUUUAUUAAAGGAAAAUCUCCUUGAAAUAUCCAGUAUGAUAUAUCCCAAUUGGAGGAUAUACCCAAAUAAAUGGAGUGCUAA